CCCGGGGCCCCGCGGGCGGCACCGCCGAGGGCAGCGCUGCUCCAGCGCCUUCCCCGGGGACGGCGCGAGGCCGGGGCGGGCAGGGAGCGGCAGCGCCCGAGCCUGCCAGGAGUCGGCGAGAAGGGCAACAGCCAUGGGCACAAACGAGACUGUCAGCCGGGGCUGGUGUUCCGACAGCACGAGGGGUGCUGAAGAUGGCAGGCAGCUCCACUCCCUGGAUUGGCAGUGCUUACCUGUUCCUCCAGUCGACGAGCAAGACCGUCGUUCUGCCAUCCCUCUAUGAGAGCUCCCAGGAGAAGCCCGGUGUGUUCAGGGCACUGAAGCUGGCAUUGGCAGACUCCACGGGCAGCAUGAAUGGUGUGGACAUGCUGAAGGUGCACUGCAGCCACCCCCAGCUGAUAGUGCAGCUCAAGUUCUGCAGGCAGGAGAACUGCCGCCGCUUCCUGCGCAGUUACCGCGACGGAGCGCUCCAGAGGGCCCUCCAGAAUCACCUCCAGCUCUCCUUGGCCAUGACCACUGUGCCUCUGGAAAUGGAGCUGAAGACUGGCAGUGAGCACCUUGACAACAUGCUGAAGGAUGAGGAUCGUUGCCUGGAGUGCAUCUACAGAGAAAAGCCUGACCGCCUGCGCGACGAGGAGCUCACGGAGCUGGAGGAACACCUCAAGAGCCUGACUGUCCACCAGAGCACCAACAACAAUGUGGCUAUAAAAGACUGUGCACCUCUCGAGUCCCCAUCUCUGCCUUAUCCUUCUCCAGGCAGCUCCCUUCCCCCACCAGGCACCUUCAUCUUCCAGGGACAGCAGUUUGACAACAGAACAAUCACCCUGGAUGACCACCAGAAAUUUGCCAAGCUCGUGUCCAAGAAGUGGAAGCAGGUGGGUCGCUCUUUGCAGAAGAGCUGCCGGGCCCUGCGGGAUCCUGUCAUUGACAACCUGGCCCUGGAGUACGAGCGAGAGGGACUCUAUGAACAGGCCUAUCAGCUGCUCCUCAAGUUCAUCCAGUCAGAGGGCAAGAAGGCCACAAUAGCACGGCUGAUCACAGCCCUGGAAGAAAACGGUCUCAUCAGCUUGGCUGAGGAGCUCCUGGGCCUCCACUCCAACGAGGACUGCUCCUAGAGCCCCAAGGGCAGUGCCAUUGCUAAGGGCUUUCCUGCUUUAGCUACUGUGUGAAACUGCUGCCAGUUUCUGGGAAUGUGAAGCCCUGAAAAUCACCACAGGUUUCCAUCUAGGUUGGAAUGUCCAGGGGAGAGGCUCUGUGCUCACAGAAGCCAGCAUGGACCUCUUACCUUCCCUAUUUUGUUGUGUUUCCAGAAGUCAGCACUAUCUUCCUGUGAACUGGUGAGAGAGGCUUCCAGCCUGACUUCCUUCAGGACUGAGGGAAGGGAAGGUAGCUUCCUUCAGGACUGUCACAGGGAAGCAGCCAGACAGAGAGCCCUAGGGGAGAGUGGGGGAGAGGAGAAAAGCAAGCAAGGAAUCUCAGAGAAUUUUUCUGGGAAGCAGACAAUGCCACUGCUUCUCAGGCUGUGUCUCAGGGCCAUCACCUGGGGAGCUGCAAUAUAUUUUUUAUAUUGAAGACAUUUAUGCCCUCAGGCAUGACAUCAAGGAAAGAGAGGGGAAAUUAAGGAAAAGUCUAUUUUAUAUUAUUUUCCUUUUCUGUUUGAAAAAUAUCUGUGGCAAGUGCAUCUGUCCUGCCCUGCUCUAUUAUAGCUCCUUCCCACACUCACCACCUGAAGGUUUCCCUUCCAGCUGGAACAGCCAUAAUCUUCCACAGGGCACAAGACUGCUGCUGUGGAACAAAUUCCAGGCACUGAACAAGCAGUGCGGACAAACUCAAAUUCAGACAACGAUUCUCAGCUUUCCCUGGUCUGUGGUGGACAGUGAUACAUUGAGCACAUCGUGCUCAGCUCCUGCCUGGCAGCUGAGGGAGCCUCAGCUGUGGAGAGCAGUCUCCUGGUCAGUGAGUGACCAUCGUGGGCUGGAGCUGCAUACAAAUGGUAUUUCAAAAAAUUUUUAAAAUCAGAAACUCGGAAAUUACUUCAACAGCAAGAGGGUUUGCUCUUGAUUUUGCAGAAAUGAUUUUUUAAAGAAGACAAGGUCAUAUGCAUAGCCUGCUGUCUUAUUUGUAAUAAGUUUUUCUAAGCUCUCAGACUAGGUAUUCAUGUACACAACCUUCACAUAAGGCAGCCUCUGAGUAGUGAGAAUUACUAGUUUUUGUAGUACCUGUUAAUGCUUAAAAUGAGAAAGUUGUAUUAUUCAGCAUCACCUUCAAGUCCAGAAAACUUCUUUGCAGCCAUUGCUGUUUUACAGAGCACUAAGCCUGGAUGCUUUCUCCUGGCUGCAGGCACUGUGCACUGUCCCUCUCUGCCAGCACUGGCAUGGGUAUUGCCUCUUACUCACACAUUCCCUCUCAAAAGUGCCAUUAAGUGCUGGAGCCUCUGGCAACCUUUGUGGAAUAUCAUCAUCUUUAACAGCAUUCACAGGUGCCUUCAUUGCAGAGACUUGCAGGAAAAGGGUUUUCCAGGGAUAUUCCAUGGUGAAAUUAAGUGCAUUGCAUGUUUUAGGACCAUAGCAGUGGCUGUUUCAUACCUGCUUUUCCAUGAUCAGUCAUCAGCAUCAGGUGCAAUGAAAACUUCAGUUCUGGUCUCAAGUGGACUCCUUCCUGCUGAAAGAGCAGCUUUUGUUACUAUUAUCUGGCACAGAAAUAAACAACUUUCCCAGAGGCCUUAGAAUGAAAGCUGGAUGGUCAGUUGGAUGGUGAGGACAGGAUGUCAUUUGCCUUGUGUGGCAUUUGGCUGGAGCUCCACUCUGAGUUUACUUCUGCUUUACCCAGAAGAUUUUCCAGCGUUUUUACACCACUGUGCAAACACAAGGGAACUCUUAUCACACAGGGAAGGGAGAAGCACUCACAAAGGAAAAACCCUUAGCAGAGACUGUUGAAGAAAUGGGGGGCAUGUCCUUACCUUGGGCAGCAAUGCAGUGAGUGGAGUGCAGAGAGCGAGAUGUUGGGGACACUUGGUGACACACCUGGCACUGGGGAAAAAAAAGAUAUUUUCGGGGGGGUGGUGGUGUUUCAGAAUCAAACACAAUAUUAAAAGCAAAUAAAGGUGCUAAUCAGUUGCAUAUAAGACCUGAAAUAGAUAAAAUAUAAAACAGAAAAAAAACAGCCCAAAAUGUGCUUAGAGGAAGGGAUCCAAGAGGGCUUUUUUUUUGUGGUGCAGAUUGUUUUUGUAGUUUUAACCAUGUUUCAGAUUUGAAGGAGGCUCCUUUCAGUCUGCCAGAAGGAAUAAAAGAUCCAUCCAAAGGAGAAUUUGAAUGAUUUGUUUUGGCAUAGCUGAGCUACAGUGCUCAAACAGAUGAUAAUAAAGAAGAGAGUGAAAGUUAAAUGCUCACCAGAUAUACUUCGACAUGAGGCAUCUGAUAGAGACAAACCUGUCAGGAUACUCUGAUAUGAAAUCAUCUCAGAGGAAAAUACCUCUUUAUUUCCCAUUCAUUUCAAACCUGGGUUUGGCACUGAGAAGUUGUCCUGGGUCACUGUGUCACCUCCCACCUGCAGUUCCAAAGGGAGCCACCUCCAAGUCACACCCCUGCACUUUGAAACCAAAAGCAAGUAUGCACAGCAAUGAGGAGCCUCUCUUAAAUUCACUUACACUGAUGAUUUAGUUUAACUGAAAAUUCUGGUGUAGCCAUGAACCCCUGGUAUUGUACACCUUGAACUGAGGAGGAACUAGAACAGGAGUCAAGAGGGUUUUGUGAGUGUAACCCACACACUGGAGUGUGUGCAGGACACUGGUGAGAUCCUUGGCUUUACACCAGACAAGGUCUGCCCUUGUCCUUUGUAUGGAGAUGGACUCAGACAGUGAAGCAAUUUAAGGCCUAGAGUCAAAAAUUAUAUAUUAUUGCCUUCUGUGGAUUGAAUUUUAGUCACUGAAGGGAUCUGGCCAUACAUCUCUAACUGAAACCUGCAGGAGAUGUGUGGUUGAAGUCUCUUAGUUGUCAGUGGAAAAUCACUUGCAAAUCUUCUAAUUCCAAAUUCCCAUGAUAUUCAGCAUCAGAUCUGGAUCAGCCAUCUACAGCUAUGGACUGCAAUGCCAUGUAUCUUUGGGUCUAGGACAUUUAACCUCCAAGGAAUUGUCUUUUAUAGAAAAAAACACUGGUAUAUUUUUUCUCUAUUCUUUUUUUAUAAAUAAAUACAUACUUUUGAUGACAAA